AUGGAAGCGGUUUGGCAAAGUUUGGACUAUGGAUGGCUUUUUGUCACAACGGUAGCGCAAAUUUUAAGACUGGGUCUGUAUUCGCUAGUGGUGGUGCUUUUGGGACCCUUGGCCGUACUCUAUGUGUACGAUGUCGGAUUGUACACUUGGAGGGUGGUCGUGAACCGCGGAAAACGGGCAGGUCCCGUUUUUGGGCCCGAUCAAAGAGCUUUGGAAAUUGGUCCGACUAGAAGGGUGUCACUCCGUACGAUGACGGCAGCAGCAGCUACUACUACAAAGGCUUCAGAACCACUGGAUCCCAACAACGAGCUCUCCAACUCGCCCUACACCAGUGAUACCGAUUGGGACUCGAUCACAGCAACGUCUCCGGCGGAAUUCGGCGACGGCGACGGCGACGGCGGCGACGACGACACCGUGGAAACAAGCUUUGCAAACACCUCAGCGUUGGACGACAACGAAGACGCUACUCCACGUAUCAGUGGGAUCCAGGGCUCGUUCACCAGGUUUUCAGACCUCAUCACCGUCACCAUCUCGGCGGGCGCAGGCGAUUCCACAAGUGCAGUGGAAAACUACGACCGCGAGAUCAAACUCGUAUCAGGCCGGUCCUGA